AUGUUUAUUCUUAAAUCUAAAGAACAUGGUUAUGAUAUUCAUUUAUUUAAACAAUAUUGGACAAAGAAAUAUUCUCAACCAUGUUUAUUUAUUGAUCCAAAACAAUUAAAAAUUGAAAAUAAAAAAUUAUUUGAUAACAAUACAAAUUAUUGUAUUGAACAAUUUAUUUUUGAAUUACAUCAAGAUGAAAUUUUACAAUUAUCGGAUGAAAUUAUUGAAUUAUUUAUUAAAAAUAAUCAGUUAAAUUAUAUAAAUGAUCUUCGAACAAUAUUUAUUUUACAUGAUAAACGUUUAUUUUCACUUUUAUCAAAUCAACAAUUUCUUUAUGCUUUAUUAAAUAAAUCAUCACAUAGAUUUAUACAAUUAAUACCAACAACCUAUGUUAUUAAUAAAAUACCAAAUUAUUUAAAAGAUUCUAUGAUUAAUAAUAAACAAGAUUGGUGUAUUAAACCAAAUUCAUCUGGAAAAGGAGAAAAUAUUACUAUAGGUACAGAUAUUUAUCAAAUAGAUUUUUUUGUUUUUUCUAUUAAAGUUUGA